GGAGGUGCAGAGGGAGAGAGAGGAGGCUCUCUGGUCCGGCCCAGCAGCUGUCGCAUGGAGCGGCCCAUUCCGGGCCUGGAGACAUGGCCCAGCCUGCUCUCAACCUCCAGCAGCUACGACCUCCACCAGAGCCUGAACCUCCCCCGGGCCACGGCCCUUCUCCUUCAAGGCCCGCCGCGGCCUCGGCCCCCCCAGGCCCCCAGCUCCACGAAGGAGGAGGAGGAGGAGGAGGAGGAGGAGGAGGAAGAGGAGGAGGAGGAAGAGGAGGAGAGACCCAGGGCUGAGGACAGGUUCUGCUCUGGGGAACCACCAGCAGAGAUGACGGGCUCUGGCAGAGAGGAGCGACAGGAGGCCUCCAGGGAGCAGGGCCCUCUGGCUGACAUGCAGGCCCAGGAUGAGCAGCCUUGCUGGGGCUCGGCCCGCCGCAGGGAGGCCGCGACGGAGGCGGAGGUUAUUAGGCGUGUAGCUCAACGGCUGACGUUCAUCGGAGACCAGAUCAACACCACCGUUCUCUUUGUAGCUGAUGCUGCCCCCCAGUGGAGACACUUCAGAACGUGCCUCCACCUUCUCAACUUUGUCUCCCAGGCAUUCAACAACCUCUACCACUUCAGAUAGGACACCCUUUACCCGUUACCAUGGAUGACUACCUGGUGACUCCGGUGCUAAGCCACCCUAAGGGGACUCCUCUUGGCGGACUGGGGGGGGAUCCUUCCCAUUAAUGAGGGGUCUGGGACUGCUGGCCCAGACUGGAACCGCGGCCGUGGUUCUGUACAUUCUGUAAAUGUGUUGGCUUUCUUCUGUUGUGUUCACUAGCUUUUUGGUUGACUUGCAUUUUGUUUUUGAGGGACGUAGCUUCUUGUGUAGCAAUGUGUGUGCGCGAGUGACUCUUAUGUGUGGAGGACUGAUAUCUGAGUUUACAGCACUUGGAUGCUGGAGGAAGGAAUGCGCGCCUGAAUCCACCUGCUCUGGAGAAAACUGGAGAUCAUUCAUCCCAACGAUCAUUCAAGCCCAUCGCACGACGUGCCUUCCUACAAGACGUAAACGUGCACACAAUUUGACAAUCGCAACCUCAUCCCCGCUAGUGGAUGAGAGUGGCUAAUGCUAGCUGCAGUGAGCAGCUAGCGUGCAAGAUAGCUGUUAAUGCCUAUAUUGCAGAGACAGAGUACUGCAAUCUGAAGCCACCAGAAAGCCUGUGGAAAUGAUGGGAUCAGGACUACCUGACGCAUACACACACACAUACAAACACAUACACACACACACAUACACACACACAAACACUGGCGCGCACACAAACACACGCAUACACGUGGUAAAUGAUGGUGUUUGUGCACACUGUAGAGGAUGGUGCCAGUAUUUUAUCUCAGAGAUUUGGAUAUUAGCCAGUUAAUUUAGAAGCUUUUUGAAGGAUCGGUUUUUGAGCUAAGAAUCAACUUGAAAGUCGUUAAAGCGAAUUAAAUGGUUGUGUUCGAGUUCUGUGACACCUGCAGCUCAUGCAGUUUAUGUUAUGUUUUGGACUGCAUCGUGGAAGCAGUAGAGCCAGAUUACAAGAUUUGAAUCCAGUGGAUUUGAACAUUUCCUGAGAGUAAAAAGAUAUAUAUCAAUCGAUUUAUAAAGAUAUGAUUUGGAUUGAUAUAUAGAUAUGAAAUGGAUCGAUAUAGAUAUGAUUUAGAUCUUUUGAAAAGGUAUCAAUUGAUGAACUGAAUGAUCCCUUACAUUUUGUGCAAAAAAAAACAACGUGUUUAUAUCAGGACCAUUAUUUAUUUUGAAAAGGAGUUUUGCCUUGUUUAUGUUUUUCUACGUUUGUUUUUUUAACUUUCGUAUAAUGAUUAAUUUAUUUGUUCCUUUACAUUCCAGAUUACGUUUCUAUUUAAAAUGUUUAUUUUCAAUAAUGUAACAAUAAUCCUCUCCCAUAAUUGUCUGAACUCCUUUACAAUUUCAAUCAAUUUGAAUCAAAAUGCUGUCAUAGUUUUGAUGAUCGGUUUCUGUUCGGGCAGGCCUACGCUGCUAGGUUCAAAUUGGCUUGGUCAGCCCCUCAUCCUCUGUUAGAGCCGCUCAACUAUCAGACAUUAUUCAGCCGUCAGGAAGCUUUCAUUUGGUUUCUUUCUGUCUAAUAACCACUGUCACUGCCAGACCCAAAUGUCAUGAAAUCGGAGUCCCUUGUAUCUUUCUCUUCGGGCCUUAUGUGUUCUCGUGUGUUGGUUCUCAGUUCACUGUUCUCCAGUUAGCAUUUCAAACAGUUAUGUUGUGUAUUGUCCUGCGCAGCUACAAACACGCAGUUUUGUUAGACAACAGCGGCAUUUACAUUUUUCUAAAUACUUCAAAUGGUUGUGUUUGACAAUUUUCCAUGGUAUUUUAUUGGGCAAAAAAAAGGACGAGGCACUUCCGAACAUUUCCGGUAGACUUCCUGUAGUGGAACGUAACGUCCUGUGGUCCUCUCUUUGACUUCCUUGUUGAACAGUGCACUUCCUGGUUACGAGGCUGAAGUUUUGCUGGUCAGCCUGCAGCCCUGCACCAAAGGUUUCGGUGCAGUGUAUAUUUCUGUUUUCUACAUGAAUUUUGUACUUAUUUUCAUUUCACUUUUUUAUAUAAUAAAGAUACGUUGAUAUACA